AUACAGCUCGAUAUCAAGAUUCAUCACCCAACUACGUCGGUCUUUGCGUUAUAAUUUUAUCAGCGGUAUCUUUUCUACCUUAGAAGAGAUACGUGUUUUUCGGACUUUGAUUGAAAUCUCCGGAGGGUCGCGAGAUGUUGCGGGAAAGUCGGAAGGUUUCGUGAAGUUUCAUUCGGAUACUUGCGGCGACUUUGACUUAUAUAUAUGGUAUUAUGAGAGAUUUAGCGACUCACGCGGGAUCGAUUCGGUGAAGCAAACGCCACUCACCGCUUGUUCUUCCCCGUCCACAUUACGUAAACGUUCUCGCACACAUUUCCGCACACGGAUCCCACUCACACACGAUUCGGGCCUUGGCCUCGUAGCCCGAAACCUGCAUCACCGCUGUCCGUUUCGAGGGAUUGGGAAGCCGACCAAAAGCCGCGCCCUCAAUUUUUCACCAUCGAAAAUAACCAGAUAUUAAUCAUAUUAUCUUAACGCCUCCAUGAAAGUUACUGCAGAGAAUGAAAAUUUAGAGAAAGGUAUACAGAGUUAAAGCAAAAUAAUAUGAACACAAAUUGAUUUAUUUUAUUAAUAAGAAGCUGGUUUACCAUUUGAUUUUAAUACAGAUUUUAUACUUGUUUGGUAUAAAGUCAUAUAAUGUUUAAAUAAUUAUCGAAUCAUUAUUAUAUCAUUCUUCUAGCAGCAUACGUCUUAAGAGAUAUUUUGAAGGAGAAAAUCUACUUUCCGUUCUGCUUUUCAAAACUGCUCACAAUAACUUGAUAAUAUUUAAGUCAGUUACGUUGGCUUCUGAAAAACAGAAAGCAAUUUUGAAAAAUAACGAUAAGCAAACUUCUUUCAACAUUAUUUGUAUAAUCAAUUUAAAGAUGUUUUGUUAUAAGAAUAGCACACCUUUUCACUGGUGACUACUCGAACAUUGUACAGCUUUAUUCAAAACGAGGAUAAAAUCUCUGUAUUAAAGACAAAUAAUAGAUUGAUCUUUUAUUAAUAAAAAAAGAAUGAAAUAUUUCCUAGGUGUUGACAUUCUGUCAAUUUCCUGUACAUUAAUCGCGUAGAGCUUCUUUCAUCUUCCUCCGUUGAAUUUAAAAAUCCAUUUUAAUUGCAAUUUCAACAGAAAUCCGCUCGGACUUCAGCGAAACUUUAUCAUUGCCGCGCGAUCUAGUUUUAGUUUCUUCGCGAGGUGAUUUUAAAUUUUAACGAACGCCAACGCUGAAAAUACUGCUGCUUCUGGUUUCGCUCGCUUCCUAAGGCGGCAUUAGGGAUGGAGAUUCAGUUGCGGAGAUAUUUAUGAAACGCGUUUCAACCCCUCUCACGCGCGAUGGAAAAAAUUCAGCCUAAAGAGGCCUAAAAUGCCUCGAAAAAUAUUUGCCUUAUGACCGAUACGCACACGUGCGUGCACGGGCAAACCGCUCCCUCGCGCGAUAAUGAGGAGGAGACAGGCAACGUGGAAGCCAUUCGCUUUCUGAUUCAGUCCCGUUAGACUCCGCGCAUGAAAAUCACACGCGCGUUCGUCACGUGCAUCCGUUAUGUGGCGGUCGUCGCGCGAUUAGCAUUGAAGUCGAGACAAUGGAAAAAAAAAAAUGAGGGAGCAGCUAGCAGCGACAAACCUCGAAACGGAAACCGAUGAUAGCUGUCAAAACUUGUAAUCGUUAACUUUUUUUUUUUUUUAAUAUGACGUCACCUGCGCGCGAAUCGUUUUCUUAAAUUAAACUAGUAAUCCGGCGUAUGCAUAAGAAAAGUAAUGGAAAAUUAUGUCGCAUAGCUUUGGUAAUACUAGCCUCGGUCUCCCCUGAGAGUUCUCUGAAAGUAAAGUCGUGAGUGAAAUGGAGUGUCGUUACCAGAUCAAUGAUCGCUCAAGGGACUCGCAUCGUCGAUUGCAGAACGAGAGGCGACCACGACAGUAUGACGACGGCAGCUCGCGAGUUCGUUAGUAACGCGGCGUGUCGAAUUUUGAUCGAAAGCGCGUCGAGAAGCUGCGACGAGGAUCAUCUCGUCGCGUCGUCGAUCUGCGCGCAGGUUUGUCCUCGCUAAAACUUUCGUAGAGCAGGAUUGACGUUUUGCACGAUACUUCGCACGACAACCACGUACUCUGUGUGUGUAUGUGUAUGUGUGUGUGUGUGCCACACGUCACCGGAUAUUCUGAAACGCCUGAUUUUGCGCCCACGUCGUCGUCAAAAUCGAUUUCUUUCGCGACAAAUUGUUUAAGGGAAAAAUAUUUGAAACUAGAUUAGUUAUUUAUUUUUAAAUAUAGAUUUAUAGAUGAAUUCCGUAAGAUGUCCACCGGCUUUUAGAUCCUUAAAAUUAAUUAUUGUCAGGAAACUUUAUUUUAGUUGCCAGUGAUAAUUAACAAAGAAUCCGUAUUAUGAUUUUUUAAUCCGACCACAACUGGCAAUUUAUUAUGAGUUUAAAUAUGUAUUACGAAUAAUUGAAAAUUUAAAAAAGUAAUACGGAUUAAUUAUUGUCAAUUUUAUUAUUAAUUCCGUUAUUCGAAUUCUAUUACUCUAAAUAAACGAGGCAGUUUUUUAAUUAUUAUUAUCACAUCUGUCAUCUUAAUUCCUGAAUUUGCGCAAAAUAUUUCUUUCAAUUUAUCACGAGAAUCAAUAAUCGCCCACGAUCAGUUUGAAGGACACGAAUAUCAUGUUGCAGCCGCCGGAGAAUGAGCUGCAGAAGGUGGGCGAGCGCGUGCCGAGCGAGCACGAGCUUAGAGUGCAGCGGUCGUUGCAGCGGCUCAAUGUGCCCGACUGGUACAAGAAUUCGCCCGCUGCCCGCGACGGUUUCAGACUGAAGAGGCACUCCGACGCGUCGCAGCACGGAGGAUGGCGCGCUCUCGGCUCCAAGACCACCUCCCUAUCGUCCCUCUCGUCGUCUUCCAAUCGACAGCCGACCACAGGUAUCCUUCUGAGUCCCAGUCCGACGCCUCCUGUAUUCUCGAGAUGGAGUACCAGCUUGCUGAACAGCGCGGGCAGUUCGCCCGCGAGUUCGGCCAGGUCGUCCUUCAAUCACCGGCAGCCCUACUUGGGCUGGCGUUCUCAGGAGCGACUGACCAACCCGCGGACACCAGCGGAACGUCUUGCUCAGGGUAUUCUUCCCCAGCUGCAGGCCGCAAACAAGCAACAGCAGCAGCAGCAGCAGCAACAGCAACAGACAACGAAUCAACAGCUGGAGGUACGGAACUCGAUAAAGGAGGUAACCUCGGCCAUCGUGCACUACGUGCAGAGCGGCCAGGAGGUCGGCGGUGGCGGUGGCGGCCGACUCUCGCCUCGACCUCGACCUGAAGAAUGGGAUGACAGGGGCGGAGCGAGGUCUACCAGCCCCAGAGGUGAGCACUAAAGCACCACCCCCUCAGCCACAAAACAAAAAAAAAUAUAUACCAUCCUAUCAACAUCACAACUACCAUCACCUUUGCUCUCCGUCACGAAGGUAAUUUUUUGAGUUUUUUUUCCUAUUUUUUCUUAAUGUCUUCUUUUAUCUUCCUUUGCAAGCUGCCUCUCUUUUUCUCUCUGUCUCUAUCUCUCUCUUUGUCUCUGUAUGCAUCAACUGGCUCUGCGCAUCGAUGAGGUCAAAACAGGUCGGUCUUUUAACAUUUCUUAAUAUCUCCCUGAUUUUCUCUCGGAUUAAAGAAUUUUAAGGGUCCCGCGUUUCUCAUUCCGUAACUCGAGCACCCUUAGAAUUCUCCGUUUAAAUUCCCAAUUAUUAUAUUACAUUUCAGUAAAACAUUACGAUUGAUAUUUACAUACGAAUCUCAUUACAUUCCUCACUUAUAAUAAUGGAAAUUAAUAUCAUUAAUGGAAAUGCAAAUUGGAAUUUUUUAUCAAUUGAGAACUAUCGUCACGCGAAUCUAUUUCGUUAGAUAUAUCCCCCAAAAAUGCAAUUUAAGGCGCAAUAACCGCCGUGUAUUAAAUGUAAAAUUCUAAGCUGCCUGAAGAGAAGACUCUUCUUCUCGUUCUCCAUUGAGGCACUGAGUGCAAGUCACAGCAGCUUGCAAGAGUGCUUCUUGCAAGUGGUGCGCAUACACGUGUCGCACUUUAGCAUGGUACAAGUCUUCUUCGAAUUACAAGUACUCAGUCUACAUCUUCCGCGUUUCGAAUGGCAAGAUGCACAUCCUCCGGCACAUCUUGCGACCGGUAUCGCUUCGGAUAUAAAUAUAUCCAUUGGUAGGAUGGAUAAACGUUUCAUCUCAGCAUCUCGGAUGAUCCUUCGUUAAACCUAGCGCGGAUCUGAUACCAAAAGUGCCUUUAGAUUUUGCCUUUGAAAUAUUAUCACGAGAAAUGUCUUCUCGGCCCUACUCGGACCUCUGACGGUCCUGCUCUCGAAAUUAAAGAUAAGAAACGCGAACGGCGUUUGCGUGAAGAAAAUCGAAGUUUCUUCACUCGCAGCAACCUGACGUUCAAUCGUUUGCGCUCGGUUUACGCCGCUAAACUUUACGGCGUAACAAAAUUAACGGCGUGACGCGACAGUGCGUCGUUUGAUUUUGAAAUCCAGCGUUGCGAGAUCGCGAGUCAGCGCCGCGCCGGUUGGCGGAUCGUGACCUUCUCAUCUCAGACGAUCCCGAUGCUGCGCUGCGACUCGUGAACGUUGUCGUCGAGACGAGUCGCUGCUAUUUCGAUAGUGUCUCGUGACCGUCGCCACCGAAAUAGACUACCCUGAAAUUCAAAGGCUUCUUCUCUGCUCCUCCCUUUCAUCUUCUCGACGGACUCGCCAGCGAGUCAUCAGCGAGAUCUAAUGUGUCAGAGUAAAAUAAAUCUGGUCCUGAAAAGGACCAGAGGACCCGAAUAAAGAAAGCCUUGCGUAAAGUCAAAAUUGCAAAGUUUCUGUUCUAUCGCUGAAACUUUAUCUGAUCGACUUGACGUCUUCCCGAUGCUGCCGUGACACGCGUUUGAUCCUAACGCUUAACUAACACAUUUGCAUUAACAUCGAUAACAGGUAAAAGAAACUAACUCGUCGCUUAUACUUAAACAUUUCUUAUAUAAUCUGUUAACAAAACUACUGGUGCGCUAGCUUCACUAACGCUACUCUUCAAGUUAUAUUUAGGAAAAUGACGUUGUAACUUUAUGUAAAAUUCAAAUGUAAUUAAACGCAAUAGGAUCGUAUAGAA